UGGUGCAAAGAUACCUCCCACCGUCUUAGUCAUUAUCAUAACUCAUGACAUUAGACGGUUCUGCUUUUCAGAUAUCGUCGGUAUUUUUCAAUGAUGUUACGGUACGGACUAUUAUUGUGCGCUUACGCAUAUCUAGUAUCAGUGAUGAGUGAACCGUUAUCCAGGACUGUGACUUUAGAUCAAGGCCCUGUAAAGGGAUAUAUGGCACCUGAAGGAGACGUUUAUGUUUUUUAUGGAAUACCAUACGCCACAGCACCGACAGGGACUCAAAAGUUCAGGCCACCUCUUCCUCCUCCAUCUUGGACGGAAACAAUUGAAGCGGUUGAAACAAACAUCAUAUGCCCACAAAAUCUUGCCCUUAGGAAUUAUACAGGAGACAUUAAAAUGCAAGAAGACUGCUUGAUUGCCAAUGUAUACGUACCCGACUCAGAAGUAACUAAUUUACCCGUGGUUGUGUAUGUUCACGGAGGAUUGUAUCAAUUCGGAUAUGGUACUAUAAGAACACCAAUACAUAUGGUUAAGAGUAAAAAAUUAAUAGUUGUGAACUUCAACUAUCGUGUCGGAGCUCACGGCUUACUCUGUCUUGGUACGAAAGAUGUACCUGGUAAUGCUGGUAUGAAAGAUCAAGUUGCACUUCUGCGAUGGGUGCAUAAUAAUAUUGCUCAGUUUGGUGGCAACCCUAAUGAUGUAACUAUCAAUGGAUGCAGUGCUGGAGGUUCCUCGGUUGACCUAAUGAUGUUGUCAAAGAUCACAAGGGGGUUAUUUCACAAAGUUAUACCGGAAAGUGGAUCUAACACUGCCUCGUUUAGUAUACAGCUAGAUCCUAUUGCAAAUGCAAAAAUGAUUUUAAAAGAAUUGAAUGUGCAUGUUGAAGAUUUUCAUGCUUUAGAAAAUUUCUAUAAGACAGCACCGUACGAGAUGUUAUACAAGGUUGAUGUAAGGCAAAGAAUAGACACUUCUACUGUUUUUGCACCCUGCAUUGAACGGGAUAUCGGUGAGGAAAUGUUCCUCGAUGAUCAUCCAGUAAACAUAUUAAAAAGUGGUGAUUAUCCCAAAUUGCCAAUGUUGUAUGGAAUAACUGAAAUGGAAGGUAUUUACAGAAUGAAUAAUUUUGAUAUUUGGAAAGAUCAAAUGAAUGAAAACUUUGCUGAUUUUCUACCGGAGAAUUUAAAAUUCACAUCCGAAGAAGAAAGAAGAGAAGUAGCCCAAAAACUUAAACAAUUUUAUUUUGGAGAUGAACCAAUAAGUGAAAAAAACGCAUUAGAUUAUGUUAUAUUUUUUACGGAUGUAAUGUUUGGUUAUGGGACAGCAAAAAAUGUUAAAAUGCAAGUGGAUGCUGGUAAUGACCAAAUAUAUUUGUACGAAUAUUCGUUUGUCGAUGACAGUGAUGAUUUUAUUCCUUACACUAAUAUUCGCGGGGCUACUCAUUGCGCACAAGCACGUGCACUAAUGGAUCUAAACAAUGAAAGUGAGCUCUCACAAGAAUACAAAGAUUUUAAGACAAUAAUGAGGGAGCUUUGGAUAAAUUUUAUUACAACAGGAAAACCAGUUCCGGAGGGUUCGAAAUAUCCAGCCUGGCCACCAGUAGGACAAAAUCGAUCCCCUUAUAUGUCUCUUAGUAGUAAUCUUGAACUGAAGAGUCAGUUCCUUGGAAAUCGUGCUCCAUUUUGGGAUGAAAUAUAUGACAAACAUUUUAAAAUUCCUUUGAAGCCUUAA